CCUACGUCUACGACUCAUCCAGUCUUAAGCGUUUACGGAUCGUUCUCUGCCACCAGCUUAACUGAGACAUACAAGACUCGAGACGCAAGAACAAAAUAAUGCAAAUGUUCCAGACGCUCCAAGACCCCAGCUCGCAAGCCAGUCGCUCGACCCAAGGGAUCGAAUAUGCUGUCCAAGGAUCCCGUGCAAGUUUACUGCCGUUUGCGGCCCAUGCAAUCACCGAUGGAUGCGUCGUGCAUGAGAGUCACGUCUGACUCGACCGUGGUGAUAACGCCCCCGGAGUCGGCAGCCAAUUUUCGCACUGCGACCAGCAAAGAGAUACAAACGACGUUCAGCCACGUGUUCACAGCCGACGUGACGCAGCGGGAGAUAUUUAAGACGGUCGCCCUUCCUCUGGUCCAAAAUCUCAUUCACGGGAGGAACGGCCUGCUGUUUACGUACGGUGUGACGGGUAGCGGGAAGACGUACACGAUGACCGGGGAACCGCAGGAUGCCGGUAUUAUGCCUCGCUGCUUGGACGUUAUCUUCAACACUAUCGCGAAUUAUCAGACGAAAAAGUUUGUCUUCAAGCCGGACAAAUUGAACGGCUUCGACGUGCAAGGCGAGGCUGACGCUAUGCUCGAGAGGCAGCGCGAGCUUCACGCCGGUCUGUCGAGCCAAAGAACCGCGAGACCCGGCAAACACCGUAAGGUGGACAGCGAUGGUGACAGCAAUCCGGCGGUGGCCCAUGAGCGCAAUGAAUCGCAAAGUGUGGCAAUCGAGCUGGACAACGCGUACGCUGUAUUCGCCACGUACGUCGAAAUAUACAACAACAGUGUGUACGACUUGUUGGACGAGGAUGACAUGAGAACAAAGACGCUGCAGAGUAAAAUUGUUCGAGAAGACGGCAACAAGAAUAUGUAUGUACACGCUGUUACGGAAGUCGAGGUAAAGAGCGCAGAGGAAGCCUUUGAGCUGUUUCAACGUGGACAACGAAAAAGACGGGUUGCACACACGGCAUUGAAUGCAGAGUCGAGUAGAUCGCACAGCGUCUUCACCAUCAGGCUUGUGCAGGCACCUUUAGAUUGCGAGGGUGAACAUGUAAUGCAGGAUAAACGAGUCGUGUGCGUAAGUCAAUUGUCUUUGGUGGAUUUGGCGGGUAGCGAGCGAACGAAUCGCACGAAGAAUACCGGCCAACGUUUGCGGGAAGCAGGCAACAUCAACAACUCUCUCAUGACACUGCGAUCGUGUUUGGAAAUUUUAAGGGAAAAUCAGAGUCAAAGUACAAACAAAAUGGUCCCCUAUCGAGAUUCCAAGCUUACGCAUUUAUUCAAAAACUAUUUCGACGGGGAAGGACAGGUCAGAAUGAUAGUCUGUGUGAAUCCAAGAGCGGACGAUUAUGACGAGACGAUUCAAGUCAUGAAGUUUGCGGAAAUUACUCAAGAAGUGCACAUCGUCAGGUCUAAUCCUGUGAAAUUGGAUCUCGGUUUCACUCCUGGCAGAAGACAAGCGAAUAAGUUAUUCAAGGAAGCAAGAAGCAGAUUGGAGAGAGACGGUCGACCGGAGGCUGCCGAGUUGAACAUUGAUCUAGGCCUAGUGUACAGUUUGGGCGGACCGUUUCCUCAAUUGGAGACUGUCACUUCGGACAACGAUCAAAUAAUACAAUCCUUAAUACAAUUCUUGGAGCAACGUGUCAACAAGCGUAACAUACUUCGCGUGGAUUUACAAAGGAAACAAGAGGAUUUUAGACGAAUAUUAACGGCAAUUGAGCAAGAGAAUGUAAAUUUAAAACUUGAAGUAGCUUCGUUAAAAGCUGCAAAUACACAGCAGAAAAGAAAGAUAUCGGCAUUGGAAGGACACCUCUGCAAAACGGAGACGCAAAUCGAUAAGCUUUUGUGUAAAUUGAACAGUGCCAAUGAAAUGGUGCGAGGUUUACAGCAAGAGGUGAAAGAUCGGGAGUUGGUGUUAAAUCAACGCUUGAUAGAUGAGCAAAAAGUGAAGCAGAAAUAUAAUACAAAGAUGCUAGUCAAGACGGGCAAAAUGAACAGAGAGUUGGAAAUAAAACUGCGUCAACAGCGUGAACAUCAUCAGGUAAUCGUUCUGAUUUUGACUUGAUAAUAUUUAACAUUGAACAUUUGUUUUAAGGGGGGAAAUGCAUUUAGUAUUGUCUUCCGAAGACAUCGGCACGCGAGUUGCCAAUCUGCGGGAA